AUGCACGGAUCUCCCCGCCGUGCAUGGACACGCGUGGGAUUUAUGGUGCCGCUGAACGGGCUGCUGCUGCUGCUACUGCUGCUGGCGACGCAGGCUGCGGAGAGAUACUCAACGGAGCAUGUUGUGGUACAGUUGCACGAGGAGGCGCCGGAGGAGGACGCGCACCAACUUGCAGCACAACACGGGUACCAGAGUGCUCGCAAGGUGGCCUUCGGAAAGGGACUCUAUCACUUCUAUCCCCAGGAUACUUUCAAGAAGCGAAGUAAACGCAGCGUUCACAGCAGGCAGUGGCUCCAAAAAGACAGCAGGGUGAAGAACGUUCUGAACCAAGAUGGUUUUAACCGUCAGAAACGUGGCUACCGAAGUUUGGAUGACAUGGAAGUCAACAUAAGCGACCCGUUGUUCACCAAACAGUGGUACUUGAUCAACACGGGCCAAGCAGAUGGCACCCCUGGGUUGGAUCUUAAUGUCGCCGAGGCCUGGCAAUUGGGCUACACGGGCCAAGGAGUCACCAUUGCAAUCAUGGAUGAUGGGAUUGACUAUCUACACCCAGACCUGGCAUCUAAUUAUAAUGCAGAUGCCAGUUAUGACUUCAGCAGCAAUGACCCGUACCCAUUUCCACGCUACACAGAUGAUUGGUUCAACAGUCAUGGCACACGAUGUGCUGGAGAAGUGUCAGCGGCAGCCAACAACAACAUCUGCGGUGUAGGAGUCGCCUACAACUCUAAGGUAGCAGGUAUUAGAAUGUUGGACCAGCCAUUCAUGACGGACAUCAUUGAGGCCUCAUCGAUCAGCCACAUGCCCCAAGUCAUUGACAUCUACAGUGCCAGCUGGGGACCUACCGAUGACGGCAAAACUGUGGAUGGACCCAGAGAGUUAACCCUUCAGGCUAUGGCUGAUGGUGUCAAUAAGGGGCGAGGAGGCAAAGGCAGCAUCUACGUAUGGGCAUCAGGAGAUGGCGGUAGCUAUGACGACUGCAAUUGUGAUGGUUACGCCUCGAGUAUGUGGACCAUUUCCAUCAACUCGGCAAUCAAUGAUGGACGCACGGCGCUCUACGACGAGAGUUGCUCGUCCACGCUGGCAUCCACUUUCAGCAAUGGACGCAAGAGGAACCCAGAAGCUGGCGUUGCUACCACUGACCUGUAUGGAAACUGCACUCUACGCCACUCAGGAACAUCAGCUGCAGCUCCAGAGGCAGCUGGAGUUUUUGCUCUGGCUCUUGAGGCCAACCCCGACCUGACGUGGAGAGACAUGCAGCACCUCUCAGUGCUUACCUCCAAGAGGAACCAGCUCCAUGACGAAGUGCAUCAGUGGAGGAGGAAUGGCGUGGGCCUUGAGUUUAACCAUCUUUUCGGCUAUGGCGUGCUGGACGCUGGCAGCAUGGUCAAAAUGGCAAAAGAGUGGAAGACGGUGCCUGAGCGCUUCCACUGUGUGGCAGGAUCUAUCCAGGAGAACCAUAAAAUCCAGUCAGGCAACAAACUCGUGCUCGCCAUCUCCACUGAAGCCUGCCAGGGCAAGGAUAACUUUGUCCGCUACCUGGAGCACGUGCAGGCAGUGAUCACCGUUAACGCCAGCCGCCGAGGUGACCUCAACGUCAACAUGACCUCGCCCAUGGGCACCAAGUCCAUCCUGUUGAGCCGACGGCCCCGCGACAACGACUCCAAGGUGGGCUUCGACAAGUGGCCCUUUAUGACCACGCACACCUGGGGCGAGGAUCCGCGCGGGACCUGGGUCCUGGAGGUGGGCUUCCGUGGCGAGGAGCCCCAGCAUGGCGUCCUCAAGGAAUGGACACUCAUGCUGCACGGAACACAAAGUGCCCCUUACAUAGACCAGAAAGUGCGCGACUACCAGUCCAAGUUGGCCAUGUCCAAGAAGGAGGAGCUUGAGGAGGAGUUGGACGAGGCGGUGGAGAGAAGUUUGAAGAGCUUGCUGAGGAAAAACAACUGA